GCGAGGCAGACCGCGCGCUCUCAGCUUUAGUCUGGCCUCGCCCGUUGCUCUCGUCAGGCACGCGGCACUACUGCACCGUCGGCGCCCUCUGCGAGUGUCGGCAUCAGUAGUACUUCAGGAGAGGGACGCAGGUAAUGUCUCAGUAACUCCUCACAAUAUCCUGGCGCAUGCUCGGCCUUGAGGUCAUGCUAUGUAGGAAGAGCAGAACUCGAAAGUGAGUGUCGGGGAGCGGUCGCUCUCAUGGUGAAGUUACGGACGCGACGUGCCGUGCGGGAGCAGUAAGACGGUGUGGUGUGUGUGGUUGGCGUGGCGGGCAGGUGGGCACGCACGGCACUCUGUGGUAUGGUGUAGCCGUUGGGCACGCAGUGAUGCACGUGCGCCACCAUUCUCAUUCUGCUGCUGCCGCCGCCGCUGCCGCUACAGGCGUUACCAGAGUUGUGUGGGUGUGCGGGCGUCACGCUGGAGGGACAGGAAGGCCCAGCGGAGGCCGAGGUCAUGUACCAGGGGCCGCGCCUGCCGGACAUCGCCGAGGCUGAGGAAGAGCCGGCCGAGGACUCCCUGUCAUCGGCUUCCACGGCGUCCUUCUGGAGCCACGAGCGCGAGCUCUACGACCCCUGGUGGCGCUCCACGCCACCCACCGCCGCGGCCAUCCGCGCCUCCUCCUCUACGCCGCCGCUCUAUCGCGGCCUCAUACGCACAGCACCGCCCACCUCGCCGGUCCGCACACGCCCACGUCGCUCAACCAAACCUUCCACUCGUGGGCGUAGCACGACGCCCCCAGCGCACUCCUACACGCCACCCCGGAGACGGACUUCCAGAUAUGGUGGAGGUGGUGAUGGUCGAGACAGCAGUGGCGGGGCGGGGGGCAGUGCUCCCUCCGCCAACGGCCACUCCGGCCAGCAACAGCAACAGCAGCAGGACCAACAGCAAAACUCAGCCGCCGCCAGCAAGAAGAGCCCGGCCAAGAAGGGCUCCGCCUUCUCGCUGGUGGCCAGCGACAUCGAUAUCGGGGAGGGCGAGCCAGCACCUGCCCAGCGCGAACGAUUCCUAACGGCCAUCGAUGCCCCACACGGCCUGCCGCCCGUGCCUCCAACUCGUGGGCGCUCCAGUGCGCCCGCAGACCAAGAUGCUUAUUGGUUUGCUCAAGGAGAUAACCCGCCACCAAGUAAACAACAAAGAGCUUCCUUAGCUGGCCCUAAUGACCUGAUUUUUGGAGAAGAUGACAAGUCCUCUGGCCUGUCUUAUAAAGACAGAGAGGAACGUGUGCGGCAGUUGAGGGAGAAGCAACAGCUGGAGAAGCAGCAGAAACUUGAAGAACUUAAGGAACAGGCGGCAGCAGCACAGAAAUUCCGGGAGCAGCAGGAAAAUGAACGCAGGCGCCGCUUGGAGGACAUGAGGCUCCGAGAUGCAGACAGACGUUCACAGGUGGAGGAGCGCAAGCGAAUAAUUCAGCAGGCAGAGCAAGAUCGCCGGGAAGCUGUCUUAAGGAAGACUGCGGAACGUGAACAGCGCCUGGAAUCAAAAAGACGGAAUGAAAAAAGCAACAUAGUAUUUGCCUUUGGUAGUUCCACACCUCGUAUGUUGGAUCCCAAAGAUGGUGUCAGUACAUUCUGGGGAUCUCGUAGGGCUACCUCCACGACAAAUGUCCACUUAGCAGAUACCAAUAUCAGUAGGCGAGCAUCGGAGGGUGGAGACAUGGACCUAAGCCGUAAGCGCGCCACUUCAGCCCACAGCCUUGACAGGAAGCCAGAAGACAAAACCCCAACAAACUCAUCCCAAUCACGUUUCUGUGUGUGGGAGUUUGGGGAUAACUUCACUGCGCUGGGUCCCGCAAAUCAAACUAGCGGUGGUAGCGGCAACCUGGCCUCUCCCUCACCGGCCACGACACCCACAUCUUCCACGUGCUAUUCUCGUAGAACUGCUUCUGUAUUUACUGGGGCUGGGUGCACUUUUGGUGGUGAAGAUCUUAUGACAAGAUCAAUGACUGCAGCAAUCCCUGCAUCAGCGGCAAGACGACGCACCGAUCUGAUGCCAGCAAUGCCGAGUUUGCGAGACUCAUCUGGCAGCACUCGAAGUAGUCCUCGCCAUCGAUCGCCAGGCAUGCGCAGUGGAACGGUCACCCCGAACUCUCCCUCACGUCCCACCUCUGCAUUGAGUCAGGGAUCAAACAACAGCAGCCAGGUGUCCCUCAGAUCCCGCACCUCUCCCCGCAAGCCUCGCCCUCUCAGCAUUGCUGGAUCUUCACUCUCUUCAGCUGAUAAACCCAGAGAUGCCGUUCCACCCUCCAGGGAAAGCAGGCCCAUGGAGAGGAAAUUGUCUGUUGGCUCAACUUCAUCUACAAAACCAGCAAGGGCCAAGAGUGCAGGCUCUGACAGAAGUGCUCCAGCCACUCCAGCACGCACACCAGUAAAAGCUACAACACCCAAGAAGACUCCGUCACAGGUUAAGGCUGAGAAUGCAGCUAAAAAAGCUGUAGAGAAGAGUAAGUCAACACCAAAGACCAAGACUACUCCAAAGACAACCCCUCUGCAUUCUCCGGCAGUUGAAAGCAAACCUCUUCCUGGAUCAAAAGAAAAGAGGGUCUCUCCACAAAAGGAAGACAAACCUGCCGAGCUGAAUAACAAAGAAACUAAACAGCAGCUGACAGAAGCUGAUGCCACAACAGAAGCAAAGCCUGAUACUGCAGAUGCCAGUCACGAGGCCCCAGUUCAGGCCCCUGUUCAGGCCCCAGUUCAGGCCCCAGUUCAGGCCCCUGUUCAGGCCCCUGUUGAGGAGAAACAGCCUGAAAAGGUUGUUGAACCCACCGUUGAACCCACUGCUGAACCCAUUGCUGAACCCAUAGUAAAUGACACUGAUGCUAAAUUGCAGCCCACUGAGGAGCUCACACCUGCUAAGCCACAAGAAUCAGUUGCUAAAGAGCCUGAAAACAAUGAAACUCCAAAAGCAAAGGAAAAGGAAGGUUCUCAGGAGAACUUGGAGAAGGGUGAGGAAUCAGAGAAGACCAUGAUUAAGAAGGCAGCAGAUAAGCCUGUCACCGGGUAUGCAACAGAGGAGGAUUACAAGGCAGCCCUUGCAGAAAAGCGGCGUCAGGCAAGAGAGGCCAAGGAACGAGAGCUUGAAAUGGAACGUCAGAGACAGUUGGCAGAGGAAGAGCGUGAAAGAAGAGAGGAGGAGGAGUACCUCAAGAUGCUUGAAGAACAGAAGAAGGCUGAAGAGGAGCGCUUGAGAAAGGCAAUUGAGGAAGCUGAUCGCCAGCGAGAAGAAGAAGCAAAGAAAAAGGAAGAAGAGGAGAAGCAGAAGGAAGAGAAUGAGCGCAUAGAACAACAGAAACGUCUUGAGGCAGAGGAAAAACUUCGCCGUGAGGAAGAAGAGCGUCAGGCCCGCAAGAGCCGUGUUGCAGCCAUCAUGGCAAGGACUCGCGGCAAGGGAGGAUCAAACACUCCUACCAAGGCUGAAGCCAAGACUCCAUCUGAUGAAUCCAAGGCCUUCAAUGAGAGUGACAUGAGCAGCAGCAUGACAGACUCCAUGAUCAAUGCUCUAGAAAGCGCCAGCCAGGCUCAAAGUGAUGCAUCAUCACAGCCUGCUCAGCCCUCAAGUGAUGCCUCAUCCAGACCAUCACAGCCUGAUGCAGUCUCUGAGAAUGCUGUAGUAGCUGGUGUUGAAACUGAUUCUAAGACACCCGCUGUCAAGUCAGCAACACCUCCCCGCGAUGUGACUUCAGCUUCCAUGGGUGUUGAAUUGACGCAUUCUAAUAUUGAGGUUACCCGAGCCACAGAGAACUCAAUGGUCGAUGACCUGAUUAGUGGUAUUGCCUCAGUUAAAGUUGAAGAGCCACAUGUGAAUGGAGAUUCCCCAGUGCCCAUGGACACGACUCCCACACAGUCUGUAGACUUGUUGGGAACCAUUAGUGAUGUACAUAGUGUAAAUCAUAACGGAGUAGAUAAUACGCCUGCACAGACCAGUCAAGGGACGGACAACCUCCUAGGUUCCUUAGAUCCUAUCAACUCAUCAAACAAUACCACAGCUGUCACUCCAGCAGCAGCAAACUUUGAACAGAUUAUUGACUUGGGUCAGACCAAGCUUAGUAAUGAGGAUGCAGUUAACAGCAACCCUCCUUCACCAUUUAUAGCAUUUGAGCAGAAUUUGAACAAGAAGCAGAGUCAGGAUAAUACAAGCACAGUUCCAGAUCUGUUGCUGUAAAAUCUGCAGUUUUGUUCAUAUUCUUGUAUGCUGCCUGAGUGUGAUUAUGAGAAACUCCAAAUGUGAUAGUAGCACUGGACCUUUGAAACUCAGCCUUAUGUGGUUGAGAAAUUGGAAGGCCUCCCUCCAUCACCCAACUCACAAAAGGGGUUAAGGGUUCAGUUCCCAAUGCCUCAGCCUCUCGUAGUGUGGCUUUUGUGCGAGUGUGAUACAGAGGAUCUGUUUAACGUUUCAUUAUCACUUGGCCUUUCCCCAGUCAAAAAGGAAAAUUAGUUGCCUUAAUUGGUUUUUAUAGUGCCAGCAUUUGUGACUUGCUGAAUUAUAAUGUAAUACAGUGUGUACAUGCAAGUACAAAUGCUGAUAAAAUGCUGGUUAUAAUCCUCAUGUAAUGUAUCAAUAGUCUUCUCAGAGAUCUGUCUUUCCAAAGGUUAGUAUCCUGUAGUAUGAGCCAAAAGAUUGCUUUACAGAUUUAACAGGCAAGAAGAAUAUUAUGACUGUGUUAUAGCAGUGUGUUCUGCUCUCCAAAAUAGAUAUUAUCCAUAUUCUUAAUAAUUCUAUGACAGUAGAUUGAAUGCAAAAUGUGCUAGUUAUACUUGUGCUAAAAUAUAUACAGAAUAAUUGACAGUUGUGUAAUAUUAACAGUGAAAGAAAUAUGUAUAAUAUAUAUAAAUAUAUAUCACCUCCAUGUUUUAAUGUUAUAAAGUUGUCCUUACAUGGAUUAAAUUGAGCAAGACCAGUGUUUUAUAAAGAAAAAGAAUCUGUCAUAUACUGAAUGGGUGCUAGUUGGUGUAGCAGGCUUGCCAUGAAUAAUAAUGAAAGAAAAUUAUAUAAGUACAGGUCCCUACAAUCUGAAAUGAAUAUAAAAGGCUGCGGUGCAUGAUAAUUGACCAACUUCAAUCAGUAGUCAUAUUGAGAGUGACCUGUUAUUUUAGGCUCAGAUGAUAUUUUGGGUGACCUUGGGGGAAAACAUUGUUUAUCUGUAAGGGUUAUGAACCAGUCCAUACAUAAUAUACAUGUAUUGAAUUUGGUCUUUUUUAAGUUUUAUGAGUACAGUAUCUUUUGAUUGUGGUAAAGAUAACUUUUUGGGCUUGGUGAUAACUGACAGGUUAUGCUAAAUGACCAUUCACUAAUAAAACCAUGUUCUCCACUACAUAGGCAAUCCCCGCUUGGGAAUUCAGCUUCAUGGCUGCUACUCACAAGUUAUAGUGAAAUUGUAUUUUAGACUUGUUGAUAACCACUAAUAGUACUAUAUUCACCAGCUCUACUCCAUUCUACAUUUCUAUCUAUAACAAUGUGUUUCUCCAUCAUUUGCUUUGACAGAUACCAUGUAUAAAGUCAUUAUCUUGUAUUUUUAGGUAUUAGGAAUUGCUGUAUGAAGUCAUGUUUUCCCAUCUGAGUAAUUUUAUUUAUGUAGAUUAAGGUUUUUAUAUUUGAGUUGCAUUUACCCACGGUGCACCAAACUUUAAACAAAAAAUUAUAAAAACUAUAAAAGUUGGCCCACUUGCCUUUGUUAUAGUCUCAUUUAUAUUUUAUUAAAUGCUCAAAGAUAUCUUUCCCAUUUGCUUUUAUGUCUUAUUCAGUUUCAUGUCUAAUGGAUGUAAUUCACAGAUACAAGAUGGUUACAGUUUCAAAAAGAAAAUGAAAUCUAUAUUAGUGGCUUCCUGCCACAUCUAACCAUGUUUCUUAUGCCAUUAUAAAUAACCCAAUCCUGUACACUAAAAUUCCUUGUAUUUGUAAAAGUGCUAUAUGUGGUAUAAAAAUCUACCAGUUAAUAAA